UCACAUUUCCAAGAUGGCGGAAAAUUCUCAGCAACCUUUGCCGAAAAGACAUGAUUUACAAACGUCCGCAGACCUCGAGAGGGUAACAGAUUAUGCAGAAGAGAAAGAAAUAAGUACAACGGACAUAGAAAAUGCUAUUAGUCUAGUGGAAGGAAGAUAUUCGGAGGAAAAGGCUGCCAAGCUACAAAGAGAGAAGGAACUUGCUAGGAUUGUCAUAAAAAAGGAAGAUGUUGACUUGAUUGUAGAGGAAAUGGAAAUACCAAGAGCUGCUGCAGAAAGGAGUCUAAGAGAGCACAAAGGAGAUGUGGUAGAGGCUCUAGUGUCUCUUACAAAUUAGACAGCUUUUAAAAAUGAUAAGGAAAAAAAUGGAAAGACACCAGCCUAUGAAUAUGACAGUCCAGUUUUAUCACCAUAUGGAAACUAUUAAAGUGUAUUUUUCUGUUUCUAUUUAUGAGGAUACAGUCUGAGUAUGUUAUCAUGUUGCUGGGUCAAAUGAAUCUGGUUUCAAUUUUUUUCAAUGGUUAUCUGUAAACUUGCACUUGCUGCAAAAAAAAAUUCCAAACCCUAGAAGUCUUUCUACUGUCAAUUGGCAAUACUUCUUCCUGUACAAUGCUGCGAGACUUGUGUAAGAAUCAAUAAAUUAGUAAAUACCUUUGUGGCAAAAUCCUUGUAAGUGUUCUGUUGUAUUAAAGCAGUGAAGAAGUUU